UAAACAAAAUGGCGGAUUGGCAUCUGCCUCAUACAAGGAUAAAUUUAUUCGAAGCUUUAUCAAUGCUGAAUGCUUUGAGAAUUAUUUUUAUCCGUAUGGUGGCAAUAGAUUUAAAUUCACCAAAAGAUGAGUGUGUCCCGGGUGGCCAGCUGCUUCAUAUGCAGCACCAGCACGGGCGCCAGAAAUACCAUCAGCCUCAUACAAGACACGAGUAAUCUGCAAUCCGGCAAGAAAUUGCUGGACAUUGUGAGUGAGAUAGCGGAGAAACCGUUGAAAGAGGAGGACAUACAUUCUACUGUCAUAUGCAAGAAAUGCAGUCAGACGUGCAAGGAGUAUGACGACCUGCAAGUGCGACUAAAAACAAUCAAGUCGGAGCUCCACGGACAGAUAAACAAGAACAGCGAGAGCCCCACCAAGCCGGAGGUCAAGAAAGUAGUCCUGCCGGCGUCGAAGCUGCACCCGCUGCCGCCGGACUUCGUGCUCAAUGUCGGUCGCAUUGCUGGAGUCACACAAAAGUCAGUAACCACUAUACCAUCCAAACUAAGCCUCAAAGUCACCGUGGGCUCAUCGGUCCUCACCCAAAGUAUCAAGACCACCCCGGCACUCGCCAAAAACAUUGUGAAACCGAAACCGGAGACUGUCCAGCAUCAAGAAAGCGAAGACUUGGUGUUUGAGGAGAGCAGCUUGCCGAAGGAUUUUAUAUCGUCCGUGGUGCUGCAGAGGAUAGGAGAAGAUGGGAACAAUGAUGAUCACGCUAUGGAAAUUGAUGAAGACUGUUCAUACGCUAUAGUAACUCAAGAGGAUGGCUCAAGCGAAAUAACAGAAAAGAAACUGGGCGAGCAGUCAUCAUACGUGCUACAAAAAUCUGGCGACCAGUCGAUGUUUGAUGUUAGCUUAUUAUCAUCGUUGGAAGACAGCGGAGGUGAAAAUGAGGCCGAAGCCAGCACGGACCAGUACAUCGUUGGGAAGUUGGAGAUACUGAGCGAGAAGGAAGAUGAAGAUGAUGAGGAUGAACAAACAAUAGUGAUGUCGGACGAGAACUCCAUAUUCCGAGUGGUGUCGGGGCAGAAGCUUGUAUACAGCGAGUCCGGCCUCGAGCUGCUCAGCGAAGACGCGGACACGCAAGCCGACAGCCAAGAUGACGAAGAUUCGCAAAUAGAGCUUCAAGUAUCUGGGGAUGAAGAGACAGCUAAUGCUAUCAUUGCUGCGGCUCGGGAGCAAGGUGGUGCGUUCAUAAAAGUGCAGUCGGGGGAGAUGUAUCGCGUCAAAUCGGUGCAGAGCAAACCUAAGGAAGACGAAGAAAAGGAUUUCACUGAUCAUUUGCAGAUUGUGGUGAAAGAAGAUGGUGUUUUUAAAUGUGUGCUGUGCAAGAAGAAUAAAGCUAAAGGAUCCCGCACCGGUCGCUGCGCGGGCGAGGCGGACUUCAUCAUGCGGCACAUGCGGACGCAGCACGACGCUCGUGUCUACAUCUGCCGCACGUGCGACAAGGUGCUGCGCCGGAGGGACCACUACAUCGCGCACGUCGCUCAACAUACGAAAGAAAGUUCGAGUCAAGACAAGAGCAGAUUCCAUGAAUGUGACACCUGUCAUAAGAAAUACAGUUCCAAAACCCUACUAAUGGAGCAUAUGAACUUACACAACGGGCAGCGACCAUACACAUGCCACAUAUGCCACAAGAGCUUCGCUUCCAAAUACACGCACCAGUCACAUCUCAAGACACAUUUGGACCGACCCCGACCGUUCAAAUGUGAGUCUUGCGGCAAAUGUUUCUUCACUCUACAGAACCUCAACCAGCAUCACAAGACACACUCGGGCCUCAAAGAGUUCGAGUGUAACAUUUGUGGUAAAGCGUUCGGCACGCAGCACAACCUGGAGAUGCACGGCGUGGUGCACUCGGGGCAGAAGCCGUUCGUGUGCGGCGUGUGCGGGAAGGGGUUCGCGAGGCGGGCUGAGGUCAAGGACCACAUGCGGAUACAUACAGGGGAGCGUCCAUUCGCGUGUGACGUAUGCGGCGCGACGUUCUCGCAGCGUUCAAAUCUGCACUCACACAAGCGAGCCACACACUACGACGACAAGCGGUACAAGUGUGACCAGUGUCCUAAAAGGUUUAAGAGGCGCAGGUUAUUAGACUACCACAUCAAGGCGUCUCACACGGGCGAGCGACCUCUGAAGUGCGAAAUAUGUAAAGCUACCUUCGUGUAUCCAGAGCAUUACAAGAAACAUGCCAGAAUACACAGCGGGGAGAAGCCCUACGUCUGCGAGGUGUGCGGCAAAUCCUUCAACUCCCGGGACAACCGCAACACGCACCGCUUCGUGCAUAGCGACAAGAAACCAUACGAGUGUCUGGUUUGUGGAGCCGGUUACAUGAGGAAACGUCUGCUGUAUUCACACAUGAACACACAGGGCCACUUGGCGGAGUCGAUAGUGGUGAACCAGCCGCGCGUCACCAUACAGCGAGUCUCGGACGGCGCGCCGGGAGACAACGUAUACGAGUCCACGGAAGAGUUAGAAUUAGAAAGUGAAGGAACGGCGGAAGCUAGUGGAAGCCACAACGCGGUGUAUAUAGGCGAUAAGAAAUACAAAUACGUCCUUCAGGAGGGGAAGACUUCUCUAAACCUGGUGCGGGAUACUGAAGACAUUCUUACAUAUAAUUUGGAGGGAGAUUUGAAGUCUGAAUCGAAUUUCCUCGAGGCCGUCACCGCCGAGCAGUUGGGAGAGGAAUCAGAGCUGGCGGACGGCAGCGGCUGCGUGCGCGUCGUGCAGAUCACGCUCCCCGACGGCAACCACGGCUGGGUCGCCGUCAACCCGUGAGGAGGGGGGGUCGCCGUCAACCCGUG